GUACAAAUUUCUCUGUUUUAUUGUUCUAUACUUUUGCGUAUUAUGUGUUAUGUGGUAUUUAUACAUGUUUGCAGAUUUAUUAUUAGUUAUUAAAACUUAUUUACAGAAUAAUGUAUAAUGGUAUAGGAUUAGCAACCCCAAGGGGAUCUGGUACUAAUGGUCAUGUUCAGAGAAAUUGGGCAUUGGUAAAACCAAGAGUUAAAGAAAAAACAUAUAAAAGUGAACAAGAAUUAGCAGCUUUAGAUACAGCAUCGAGCAGACAACCCAAUAAAGAAAUCUUGGAUCAUGAACGUAAAAGAAAAAUUGAACUAAAAUGUGCUGAAUUUGCUGAUAUCUUGGAGGAACAAGGAUUCACUGAAGAAGCUGUCAGCAAUAAGGUAAAUAACUAUAGGAACAUGCUGAUGGGACAAGGAGGAAAAUUGGAUAAGCCAGUUGAUCAGUGGGGCAGACCUUGUGUGACAGAAACUCAUCAAGUAGCUGAAGCACAACAGGAGAAGAAUGCUCGUCUUCGGGAAGCUUUUGGAAUUUCUGAAUAUUUUGUGGAUGGUAGCAGUUUUGAUCCGGAUAGACAGGCCAAGGAGAAAUUAGCAAAAAGUGCAGCAUUACUUGAAAAAGAAAAACAAGAGGCGAUUGAAAGGGAAAAAGAGAGAGAACAAGAAAAAACUCAAGCUAUUCGAUAUCAGUUGGUACAUACGCCAAGCCCAGAACCUCCACAAUUAACUUCGAAAGAGAGCAGCAUAAAAAAGAAAAAAAGAAAACACAGAAACAGUUCAUCUAGCGAAGAACCAAAAAAGAAAAAGAAGAAGAAAAAUCGAAAAAAAGACAGGUCCAGUAAAUUGAAAGAGAAAAAGAAGAAAAAGAAACAAAAAAACGAAGAUUUUUCAGAAAAGUCAUCUACUUCAGAAAAUGAGUCCAGCAGUGAAGAUGAAAGGAAGAAGAAAAGUAGGAAAAAGGAGAAGAGGAAAAUGUCCAGGAAAAAGAAACGUUCCUCUUCAGAAAGUUCUAGAGAAAGCUCUCCAGAACCUAAUAAAAAAAUUAAAUUGGAUCACAAGCAUAAAAAUGACCAAAGAUAUAAAUCAAGGAAAGAUAAAAGUUCAAGGAAAGAAGAUUCAAAUUAUGAUUCCCAUUCAGCAAAAAACAAAAGUAAAGAAAAAUAUUCUAAUCAUGGGAGAUCUAGAUCACCUUAUUCAAAAAGAGAUCAGAGGAAAAUCUCUCGCAAUAAUUCUAAGGAAAGAAGUUAUGAUGAGUUCUCUAAAAUGAAAAAAUUGAUGGACAGAAGAUCAAAAUCAAGAGAAGUAAGAAAGAAAUCUAAAUCCAGAUCUUUAGAAAGAAGAGAUUCCAGAACUUCAUCACCAGUUGAAAAACAAAAAGAUAGAAAGUCUGAUAAGGAUUUAAAUACAAGAAAUUUGAUGAAAUCAAAAUCUAGAUCACAAGCAAAAUCCAGAAGGUCUAGAUCUAGAUCUAUAGAAAACAGAAUUAGAUACAGAAAUAGAUCUAUGUCUCAGGAGAGAAAACCAAGAUCAAAGUCACCUAGAAGAUCAAGGUCUCAAUCGAUAACUAAAAAAUUAAAGUUAGGAAAAUAUGACAAAAAGGUAGAACAUGAAAAAUCAUCAGAAUAUAAAAGGUCAACUCAGUCACCUGAUAAUAAUAAAAGAUCAAAGUCACCUGUGUCACCUCUACAUAAAAGGAGACAGAGUCCUAAAAGAGAAAAAAGUCGUGAUUAUAGAAAUCGGUCACCUAAGUCCAGAAAGCAUGAGAGAAGCUCAUCUCCUAAUCAGUUAGAUAAGAAAAGGUACUCUCCUAGAAGAGAUUCUGAAUCAGAAAAUACCUCAAAAAAAUCAAUUUUGGCCCUCUUGACUGCUGACAAAAUUUGUGAUUUGAGUUCAUCCAAGACACAAAUAUAUAGAAAUAAUAGUAUAAACGAUGAAAAUGUUUCUGAUUAUGAAAAAUCGUAUAAAUCUAGAUCACCAAGUUCAAAUAAAAAUGAUAAUGCCAAAGUUGGUGGCAUAAGCAGAGAAAGUAGUUAUGAAAGAGGUGAUAACUUUAAAAGUAGAGAGCAAAAUAAUACUGAUAAGAAAUCAAGGAAAAUUGGUGAAGAUGGAAGCACAGAAAAAUAUUCUACUGGUAAUAACACUAAGCAAGAAAUUUGUGAAAAAUCCUUAACUCCAGACUUUAAGUCUAGGUCAACCUAUAGCCCAAAUAGCAAACGUAAAUCGAAGUCCAGUACCCCAGAUAUUAAAAAAAAUUCAAGACAGAAGGAUACUAAUGAGAAACAAUCGAAAUCGAGGAAACCAUUGCCAGUUGUGAGAUUGAGAGCAUCAUCUAAUGAAUCCGACCCUUCAGAUAAUGAAUUUGAAAAAGAAGAAGAGGAAGACGAUAGAGAAAUAAAAAUGCUAAAACUUCUAAAGACAGAUUUAGCUGCUAAAGCUAAAGAGAGUUUAGAAAGAAAGAAAGAAAAACCUCCAAGUCCUCAACAUAUUUUGAGAAGGCAUAUUGAACCGGACUUGUUUGAUAUUAAAGUGUUGCCAUUAAGAAUUGAAAAAGAGAAAUUACAAGAUCCUAUCAAUAAAGACGAUUUUGACAUUGAGAGGAAUGGAAGUGUUGACAAAUCUAGAUCUAGAUUAAAGGCUGCUUAUUCAAAAAUUAAGAAGUCAAAAUCUAGAUCAAGAAGUUCUUCUCAUUCCAGUGUCAGUUCUAAAGAUAGCCAGAGAAGCAAAUCAUCGUCUUCAAGCAGUACCAAUUCACCGUCUCGGUCAAGAACAGUUUCUCGAUCAAGAAGUAGGUCAAGUUCGGACAGCAGUUCCUCAGACUCGAGCAGUACAACACGCUCUCGGUCUCCAUCCAUUCCUCGUCGCCAUGGAUCCCCAAGCUUUUUAGAUAGGCGGCGGAUAACAAGACACAAGUAAUUUAGGAGAUGCAUAUAGUACAUCUUAAUAUUUAUAUUAUGUAUCACAUUGUAAUCAUUUAUACGUAUACAUAAGCUGUAGAUUCAUUAAGUUUUUAUUUAUAAGUAGUUUGUACACAAUAAAUACUUAUUGUUUA